AUGCUCAAGAGAGGAGUGGGAUUGGCAAAGUGGGAGAUACAGCACAAGCAAGUCACUACAGGAAAGCUAUUGGGACAAGGAGCUUUUGGUGAAGUGAAGAAAGGAACACUUCUGAGAAGUUCAGGGAGAUCGGUACCUGUCGCUAUUAAAACGCUCAAAUCUUGCGAUAUUUCGAAGGCGAAAAUCAAAGAAGUGAUGCAGGAAGCCCGUCUAGGGAGAGAACUGAAGCACCCGAAUGUUGUGCGCAUCUACGGUGUUGCACUUUUACAAUUUCCUCUCUACAUUAUUCUCGAAUACGUCCCAGGGGGUGCAUUGGACGCAUACUUGAAAAAGAACAAGAAAAUUGGCCGAGACGAACGUCUUCUGAUGGUGAUGGGUGCAGCAUGGGGAGUGGAGUAUCUGCACAGAUGUUACAUUUUACACAGGGACAUCGCCGCUCGAAACUGUCUGUACGACAAUGACAAAACUGUAAGCAAAUAUUUCAAAAAUUGCGCAGUAGAAGAAACUCUGACCGAUUGUGACCCUAUAUGA